AUGCAAGCCAGAGACGCCACAGGCCGACAGGUCUCCCUGCUAAAUGACGACUCAUACUCACGUCCCCUCACAUACCGGACCACCAGCCAAUAUCAGUCUACCAGAGGCAUUUCGCCCCCAUCUCACACUCCUGAGCUUAUGCGCUCAGAUUCCUACGACUCCAACACUAGCUACGACCCCGUGUCUCCCAUGACACCAGCUGUCUACGACUUUUCUCGAGCUCCCUAUGACGACUACCUAGCUGAGAAGCAGAGCACACUCAAGCGCCCUGCCUACGUGGACAGCAGCCGGUCCAAUUCUUUCCUUGACGAGGAUAGCUCCAACACGUCGUCAGUGCCGGACAGGACGGCCAAGCGUUAUCCGUGUCGUUACCGGGAUAGCCACGGCUGUGAGAAGACCUUCACCACUUCCGGCCAUGCCUCAAGACACUCCAAGAUCCACACAGCCGAGAAGGCUGUGCAGUGUACAUUCCCCGGAUGCCACAAGAAAUUCACGCGCGCCGACAACAUGAAGCAGCACUUGGAGACCCAUUUCAAGGACAAGUCCAGGUCCUCGGGGUCAACCAAGUCUUCCAAGUCUCUGGGCUCCUCGAAACGUGGCUCCAUAUCGUCACGGUCGACUACCUCCCAGGGCAGCAGCCAGGCAUCUCAAGACGUCACCAUGUGGGAUGCUGACCACUACGGCAUCGUUACCGAGGUCUCACAACUUCCAUCGCCCAGCGGUUGGGACAUGCGAGGACUCAGCCUCCCUAUCAUGAGCCGGCCGGGCGCCAUGCGAGCAAGCAGCGGGCUUGACGCCCUUGCAGCCAUCGCCUGCCAAGAAGGCAGCGCUUAA